CAGCCGGGCGCGCUCACGCUGAACCUGCUCGCCAAUGCACUGCACAGGAGCCCUGACAGUGUCCGUGUGCCUGCCUGUGGUCCCUGCCUGGCGUCUCCGCCGCUCCACUGGAUGUUUGCGCAGAGGACACCUGCCUCCGCCAGUGACUGGACCGAUCCCCGCGGAACAAUCCAGCUCGUUUUUACCCAACAACUUUUGCGACGUGUGACCGUUUCUGUCUCGAGCACCUGUUUCUAAGACUGUGUUUUUAUAAGGUGCCAAAAAAAAAAAAAACCCUGUAGAGCCAGGCGUUUGACUUCCAACUUGGGGCUUGAUGGCACGGUUAUUUGUGACUGGUCUGGAAAGUUGCGCUGCGCCAGGGAGCAUGGGCGCAAACUUUAAGAGCUUUUUCUAAUCGAGAGACAGUUUUUAGAAUGAAGGCAGGUGAGUCACCCUUCGCGUGAAAGGCGCACAGAGCUCCGGGGCUCUCCAGGCACUGGGAAGGAAAGGCACGGAGGAAGUCGUGAUCUGUGCGGCGGAUUGCGCCACGGAGGACGGAGGCAACGGACCGAUGAGACACCAUGGGUUCAUUGCUGUGUGAUGGACGAAUGACACACCUCCUCUUUCCUCUCCUCCUCCUCUUACGGGCUCCCCUAUUGUUCAGCUUUGGUGAGCGCACCUGCCCCAAUAGCUGCCGAUGUGAGGGGAAAACCGUCCAUUGUGAUUCAGCUGGCUUCUUAGACGUCCCAGAAAAUGUCUCAGUUGGCUGCCAAGGCCUCUCUCUGCGCUACAAUGAACUGCACACCCUGCUACCAUAUCAAUUUGCUCAUCUAAGCCAGCUUCUCUGGAUAUACUUGGACCACAAUCAGAUUUCAGCUGUUGACAGUCGAGCAUUCCAGGGGGUCCGCAGGCUUAAAGAGCUAAUACUGAGCUCCAACAGGAUCACAUCCCUGCACAACUCAACAUUCCAUGGAAUUCCCAAUCUUCGCAGUCUGGACUUGUCCUACAACAAAUUGGAAAUCCUGCAGCCAGGUCAAUUCCAUGGCUUACGAAAACUACAAAACCUACACCUACGGUCAAAUGGUCUCUCCAACAUCCCAAUUCGAGCAUUCCUGGAGUGUCGAAGUUUGGAGUUUCUGGAUUUGGGCUACAAUCGAAUCAAGGCUCUUACACGCACCACGUUUUUGGGUCUGCAGAAGCUGAUGGAGUUGCAUCUGGAACACAACCAGUUCUCACGGAUCAACUUUUUUCUGUUUCCACGCUUAGCCAACCUGAGAUCACUCUAUCUGCAGUGGAACCGCAUUAGGGUGGUCAACCAGGGUCUUCCGUGGACUUGGUAUACAUUACAGAAACUUGAUCUGUCUGGAAAUGAAAUUCAGACCCUGGACCCAGCUGUGUUUCACUGCUUGCCCAACCUUCAAGUCCUCAACCUGGAAUCCAACAAACUGUCCAAUGUGUCUCAGGAGGCAGUGUCAGCAUGGAUCUCACUUACCUCCAUCAGUCUUGCUGGGAACAUGUGGGAUUGUGGAACUGGCAUAUGCCCACUUGUGGCUUGGUUGAGGAAUUUUCGAGGGAGUAAAGACACCACUAUGAUAUGCAGCAGCCCAAAGUAUCUCCAGGGAGAAAAAAUUAUGGAAGCCACAAGGAACCAUGGUAUCUGUGAGGAAACUGAUUACGUUCUGACAGAAACACCCUCACCAAUGUCAGAGCUCAUUUCUGAAGCCACCGCUGAACCAACCUAUGCCCCUACUAGUGGCUCUCCACCAAUGCCACCAACCAGCACCUUUGGUCCUCUCCCACCAUUCAGACCUAGACCUAUUCCUCAUCCUACCUUUCCAGGGCACAUGAGCAAAGACCCAAGAGACUCAGUUGCUCGCACUAAACCCACUCUUAUACCACCCCCAGAAAUGGAGCACAUGACUCUGCACAAAGUGGUGGUGGGCAGCGUGGCACUCUUCUUCAGCAUGUCCCUACUCUUGACAAUUAUCUAUGUGCUGUGGCGGCGCUAUCCAGGUGCAACCAGGUUGUUGCAGCAGCGGUCCAUGGUCGGGCGCAAACGUCGCAAAAAGAGUCCAGAGCCAGAGCAGACCCUGAGCUCCCAGCUCCAAGAGUAUUACAUGAGCUACAACCCUGCUGCCACACCAGAGGCAUUGGAGGUGCUAGGCAAUGGCACUGGUUCCUGCACUUGCACAAUUUCUGGCUCCAGGGAGUGUGAGAUUGAGCCCUUUAUAUCAACAGACGCCCUGGAUCGCCUUCCAUGGAGGCUGCAAUGUUGAACUGCCAUGCUGGAAAGAUAAUGAGUAUACAUGUCCACGCCCCCUACCUGGUGCCUGGCUGGGAGAUGUGCCUACCAUCCAUUAACCCCCCCAAAAAAGGAACUGCUUUGGAUGGUGCAGCAAACCACGUUGAAACAGGGAUACAGGAGAGAGACAUAUGCAGACAACUCAUCAGGAACCUACUCCCAUAAUUCACAUUCAAGGAUACAUUUUAAAUGGUCCUCCAUGCUAACAAGGGCAACCUAUGACCAAGACCAAGAGGAGAUAAUACUGUCUUUUUCUUUUUCUUAAGAUUUUAUAAUGUCUCUUUUUUUGGCUUGUGGUCUUUGGUCAUCAGUUUUGCUGCAUUCCACCAUGCUUCAUCACUACACAAAUACUGACACAGACGGUAAUGGAAAUGGACCAGAGCCUUGGAAGAAGACUCAUGCGCAUUAUUGGAUGGUUAUAACCAACAUGGGAGCUUACUGUAUAGACUAUUAUAGCUUAUUGUCUCCAUGAGGACAACUUGGCAUUGUUGUAAACACAAGCAGGACUGUACAAAUCCAAGAGGCUUUAAAAAAAAGGUAUAAACUGAGCAAUGAAUUAUUGAUGAAAAUGCACUGAACAAGCAGCUCUGACUGCUCUGCUAACACAGCUGUGUAUAAUUUAAAGUUGGUUUCCAUAGUUUGAUUCCAUAUGAAACAUCAUGUUAUCAUCUUUCAAUACUUUUUUUAAAAAGACUAAUCAAAAGCUAGGAUGGUGUAAAUGUGCCUCACUGGAGCAGAGAAAUUACGAAAGGACUCACUGAGUUUCUGUGCACCUGUCUGUCCGUAAAGAGGAAUCAGGUGGAAAUCAAGUCAGCAGCUGGAAGAUUGCUUGAAGUCUGCGAAAGGUUCCCAGAGGAAAGCAAACUAUCCCCCAGCCAAUGACUGUUGGUGAAGUUUUAUUUGUUUGUUUGCUUUUUUAAAAGUUAUUUUUCUUUCUAAGUUGAUUCUAAUUGCAAUCAAACCUCGACUGUCUAGUUUGAUUUGGAGGAGAAAAAGGCCAAUCAGAAGCAGAAAGGAGAGGGAAAAAAGAAAAAGCUUCUAUCAAGGGUAAAAUGUAAUUUUCUGAAAUUAUAAUGUUGUUAAUGUUGUACUUAAUGAAUAUGUGUUCCUGCCAUUUUCAACACCAAAUACCAAAGAGCCAAAAUUGAGCAUUUUUGGCUAUUGGCUCUCCCAACCAUGAGUUGUAACAGACCCAGGAUUUGCUCUCCACGAAAAAAGAAAAAAAAGAAAAAAAAAAUCAAAAGAACAACUUUCCUCUCAUAUCCAGCAGUGCUCCGUUACCGGAUUGGCUUUUUUUCAUGUGUGUAAUGUGUACGUCUUUGUGAACAAAUGAUCUUGCAACGACGGUCUUCAUUAGGAAGAUCCUGUCUGAAAGAUAACUUUGAGCACUGCUUACAUUUUAUGACUUCUGUUGAAUACAUGCUUCACUCUCCCUGACAUAAUCAGCCCGUCUCUCCCCUCGAAGAGACUGCAGAUGUUGCUGUGCGCGGUUUCGCGUGUGCUUGUGUUUCAUUCGUUAUGAGUUCUUAAUUAUAUUUGGGACGCACUGAAUUGUGAAUUGUUUGUUUCAACCUUCAAACAUAAUCUUUCUACACCGGAAAAUGGUAAUUUUCUAUUGUAAAUUUCUGCUUUCCCCCUUGGAUUUGUUGAUAUUUAGUAAGCAGCUGUAUUCUUUGUUCACUUUCAACAGUAUGUUUUAUAAUGAAAAUGACUUUAUUGGUGAGCAAUAUGAAUUGGUCAGAUUAAAAUAUUCAUCAAUCA